UCUCUCUCUAGAUUUUUCUCAGUAGCCGAAACCCCAAAGCCUGACGCCGAGACCAAGUCACCAAACCCAGAAAAGGAGAAUGGGGUCCAAGACGGAACGCCGAAGUUGCAGGCGGUGGCUCAGAGGCGGCGGCUGGCCUUUUAUCCUAAGGUAGAUCCUUUCGAUCUCAAUGACUAUAGAUAUGAGGGCCCUAGACUUCUGGGGUUACCUCCUCCUCAGUCCUCUUUGAUUCCUCUGCUUUUGAUCACUUCCUUUAUGUCGAUCAAUUUUCAAUCAAGGGUGUGCGCCGAUGAUACAGUGGAAUAUGGCAACUGUAGCCAACCUAUUACCUGCGGGAGCGUCAAAAGCAACAUCUCUUACCCCUUUUGGGGAGCGAACCGACCUGAAUACUGUGGCAAAUCUGGGUUUGAGGUCACAUGCGAAGCCAACGUCCCAAUGAUCACCAUGAGGAAUAUCAAGUUCAGAAUUCUUGACAUGAGCAAUAGUAGUACUACUACAACAACUCCUACUGUAAAAGUUGCUAGGCAGGAUUACUGGGAAACUAUCUGUCCCCUGACAUAUGUUCCCACAAACCUCGACACCUCUCUUUUCGAUUACUCUUCUGGGCUUCUGAGCGUGUCUUUUUGGUACGGAUGCAAUUCAAACGUAACAGUCACAGGUAAUUCGUAUCGCUGCAACAGUAGCGUUACCGCUUCCUAUCUCACACAGACGAGAGCUAGUGGUAUCCUGGUUGAUCCAGUUACUACGGGAGCCUGUCAAUAUAAGGUUUUGGUUCCGGUAUUUGAAUCCGCUUCUGUGGCUCUGGACAACAAUGCUACAGAUAUUGAGAUUGCGAUAGAUGGUGGUUUUGAAUUGGAUGUGCUAAAUGCUGAUACUGAACUCUGCAACGAGUGCUUGAAAUCUGGGGGAGUUUGUGGCACUAUUGCCAAAGAAUUCAAGUGCUUUUGCCAGACUACUUCAUCUUCGACAGCCACAUGUACUGAAAGCUCUUAA